AUGGAAGCUCUGAUCAGCUUAGAGAGUUACCUGCACGCAAAUUCAUCCUCACUGCUGGUCAGUCAAUGGAAUCUUAACGCGUCCAACAUUGAAGGGGAAACCACAGCCAGUCCACAGUAUGACAGGCAAAUCCGAAUCAUCACCAUGACCGUGAUCUUUGCAGUGGCACUGGUGGGCAACUCGACCGUGCUGUACAAGAUCUGCUGCCGGAAAAGCAAGAGGCGGAAAAUCGAUUUCCUCAUCACUAACCUGGCCCUAGCGGACCUGUGCGUCUCGGCGCUGACUCUGUUUUCUCAGAUCAUCUGGGAGGUUUUAGAAGACAAGUGGGUGGCAGGGGACCUGGCCUGCAGGCUCUUCAAAGUCUUGCAGGUGUUUGGGCUGAUUGCCUCGUCCAACAUCAUUGCCGUAAUCGCGCUGGAGAGGCACCACGUUAUUGUGAACCCCCUGGCAUCUCCGCUGCCAACAAAAAUACUGGCAUUUCUUGCCUGGUUCACAGCCCUCCUCCUCUCUGGCCCGCAGGCUUUUGUGUUCAAAGUCAAAGGUGGAGAGAAGUGCCUCAGCACAUUUGGUGACCUGCCCAAGUGGCAUUUCCAAAUGUACAUCAUCUACGGAUCCAUCACCGUGUUUUUCGCUCCGUUCUGUAUCCUGUGCGCUGCUUACACCCGAAUCCUGUGGACGAUCUGGCAGAAAGAGCAACAGGUGGACAGCAAACGAGCCGACCCGAAACAGUUAAUGAGGAGACCGGUGAGAAUUAUUGCAACCAACAGUGCGAUCCCACGCGCCAAAAUAAAAACCCUAAAAAUGACUCUGGUGAUCAUCAUUCUCUUCAUUGUCUGCGGGCUUCCUUAUUUCAUCAUCGAAAUGAAGGUGGCAUUCGGGACCAGCACGGAAUUAGACGCGAAGGUAAUCGCGGUGCUGGGCGUCUUUGUCGUCUCCAACAGUGCUGUCAACCCUUACGUUUAUCUGUUCUUCAAGACCGACAACGUUUACCUGAGGAAACUGGAGAAAAAACUGUGUUUCUCUUGCUUGAAGGAGUACAGGGAGAACACGUUUCACAGGGAACGGCUUGUGCACCCGGGAAGGAAAGCAGAACAGUCCACAACCACCACGACUUCAGAGACGGAGACUACAGCGGUGCACUCAGUCAGUUACAUAAAAUCCGCCCUGUCGCUCAGUGACAUUGCUUCGUGUGAAAGCUCGAUAUGA